UCAGUGGCGUGCGCGGUGUUUAUGUUGUGCGUGCUGUCGUUCUGUCUCUGCAACGUGUGUGAAAAAUCGCUUUUCCGCUGAUUUUACGUGAGUUUUGGCAUAAAAUGUGCUGCCGGCAUGGCAUUUAAGAUGGAUUCUCAGGAUAAGGAGAAGAAAUUCUCCCAUAACAACACAAUAAAGCCUCUCCAGGAAAAGUGGCUCCUGGUGCCGUCCUUCCUGGAGAUCAAGGGCCUGGUGAAGCAGCACAUUGACAGCUUCAACUAUUUCAUCAACGUGGAUAUUAAGAAAAUUGUGCAGGCGAACAAUAAGGUCAUCAGCGAUGCUGACCCUAUGUUCUACCUGAAAUAUCUCAAUAUCUACGUGGGGAAGCCGGAUGUGGACGAUGGCUUCAACAUCACGAAGGAGACCACGCCUCACGAGUGUCGCCUGCGCGACAUGACCUACUCCGCGCCCAUCACGGUGGACAUCGAGUACACGCGCGGCAGCCAGAGAGUCGUGCGGAACAAGCUGCUGAUCGGCCGGAUGCCAAUCAUGCUGAGAUCCUCCAACUGCGUCCUCAGCGGCAGGACGGAGUUUGAGCUGUCCAAGAUGAACGAGUGUCCUCACGAUCCGGGCGGCUACUUUGUCGUGCGCGGACAGGAGAAGGUCAUUCUCAUCCAGGAGCAAUUGUCAUGGAACAAGAUGAUCACGGAAGACUACAACGGUGUGCUUCAGUGUCAAGUCACCAGUUCCACGCAUGAGAAGAAGUCCCGGACAAUUGUGCUGACCAAGCAGGGGAAGUACUAUUUGAAGCACAACUCAAUGACAGAGGAUAUUCCCAUUGUCAUAAUUUUCCGUGCGCUGGGAAUCAUCUCAGAUCAGGAGAUCGUUCAGCUGAUUGGCAGCCAGCAGAGCACACAGAAGAGAUUCGCCGCGUCUCUGUACGAAGUCGUGAAGCUCAAUGUGAUCACGCAGAAGCAGGCGCUUGAGUACAUGGGCGGCAAAUUGAUGGUGAAGAGAUUCCAGACAACCAAAGUCAAAACACCCGCCGAGGAGGCUCGCGAAUUGCUGGCAACGACAAUCCUGGCUCAUGUUCCUGUGGAGAAUUUCAAUUUCUACAUGAAAGCUCUCUACGUAUCCGUGAUGGUGCGCAGAGUGAUGGAAGCUGAGCUCAACAAGGCCUCGAUGGACGAUCGUGACUACUACGGGAACAAGAGACUGGAAUUGGCGGGUUCACUGCUGUCGCUCAUGUUUGAGGAUCUCUUUAAGCGCUUCAACUGGGAGCUGAAGAUGAUCGCCGACAAGAACAUCCCCAAAAUCAAGGCGGCGCAGUUCGAUGUGGUGAAGCACAUGCGAGCGGCUCAAAUCACAGCCGGACUGGAGACGGCGAUCUCGUCGGGAAAUUGGACAAUUAAGCGGUUCAAGAUGGAACGCGCUGGAGUGACGCAAGUUCUCUCUCGUCUCAGCUACAUUUCCGCCCUGGGCAUGAUGACGCGCGUGAAUUCGCAGUUUGAGAAGACACGGAAAGUGUCUGGUCCGCGAUCACUGCAGCCCAGCCAAUGGGGAAAGCUCUGUCCAUGCGACACGCCGGAGGGAGAGGCUUGUGGCCUGGUGAAGAAUCUCGCUCUGAUGACGCACAUCACGACGGAGGUUGACGAGGAGCCGAUCAUAAGAUUUGCCUUCAACACAGGCGUGGAAGAUGUUCGGCUUCUCUCUGGCAAUGCCAUCAAUCACCCGAGCACUUUCAUGGUCUUCAUCAAUGGCAACAUCUUGGGCGCCACGAACAAGCCGGAGCGCAUCGUGAGGGUGUUCCGCAUGGUCAGACGUCGUGGUUUGAUUGGAGCCUUCGUCUCCAUCCACACAUCGUACAUUCAGCGAUGCGUUUACAUUCACACCGACGGCGGACGGCUCUGUCGGCCGUACAUAAUUGUGGAGAAUGGGAAGCCACUGAUGACGCAAGAGCACAUCAAUGACAUCAAGAGGCGCGUGAGGAAGUUUGCUGAUCUCAUUCACGAGGGUCUGCUUGAGUAUUUGGACGUGAAUGAGGAGAAUGACUCCUACAUUGCGUGCUAUGAAUCGGAGAUCACGGAGAAGACAACACACCUGGAAAUUGAGCCAUUCACAUUGUUGGGCGUGUGUGCUGGACUUAUUCCCUAUCCGCAUCACAAUCAGAGUCCCAGGAAUACUUAUCAGUGCGCCAUGGGGAAGCAAGCGAUGGGAACCAUUGGAUAUAAUCAGAAGAAUCGCAUUGACACGCUGAUGUACAACAUUGUCUAUCCUCAAGUGCCACUUGUGAAGACCAAAACGAUUGAGUUGACGAACUUUGACAAACUGCCCGCCGGACAAAAUGCAACGGUGGCCGUGAUGAGUUAUUCCGGCUACGACAUCGAAGACGCCCUCAUUCUCAACAAGGCGUCCAUCGAUCGCGGCUACGGACGAUGUUUGGUGUACAAGAAUGCCAAGUGCACGGUGAAGAGGUACACAAAUCAGACUUUCGAUCGCAUCAUGGGUCCCGUGAAGGAUUCCAUCACCAACAAGACCAUCUAUCGCCACGAGACGCUUGAUUUGGACGGAAUUGUGGCGCCCGGAGAGGUGAUUCACAACAAACAGGUGAUGAUCAAUAAGGAAAUGCCCGCGGUGGCGUCAAUAAAUCCGCUGGAGCAGAAGGACGGUGGACAGCAGCCGGUGGCAUAUUCCAGCGCCCCAAUUACCUACAAAGGCCCCGAGCCGAGUUGCAUUGAGAAGGUGAUGGUGUCGGCGAAUGCCGAAGAGGACUUCCUCAUAAAGAUCCUGCUGCGACAGACGCGAAGGCCAGAGAUUGGCGACAAGUUCAGCUCUCGUCACGGUCAAAAGGGUGUCACGGGGUUGAUUGUGCAGCAGGAGGAUAUGCCAUUCAAUGACUAUGGCAUAACACCGGAUAUGAUUAUGAAUCCACAUGGAUUUCCCUCCCGGAUGACGGUGGGGAAGCUGUUGGAGUUGCUGGGCAGCAAGGCGGCGGUGUUGGAGGGGAAGUUUCACUAUGGCACGGCAUUUGGUGGGUCAAAGUGUCAGGAUUUGCAGGAUGAGCUGUUCAAGCAUGGAUUCAACUACUUGGGCAAGGACAUCUUCUACUCAGGCACCACCGGGGAAAUGAUGACGGGAUAUAUCUACUCGGGUCCGGUGUACUAUCAGAAGCUGAAGCACAUGGUGCAGGACAAGAUGCACGCGCGUGCCAGAGGACCACGGGCUGUGCUCACGCGACAGCCGACGCAGGGCAGGAGUCGCGAGGGUGGCCUGCGAUUGGGUGAGAUGGAGAGAGACUGUCUCAUUUCCUACGGAGCGAGCAUGCUGAUAAUGGAGAGACUCAUGAUCUCCUCCGAUGCCUUUGACGUGGAUGUCUGCAAUAUUUGUGGGCGUCUUGCGUACUCUUCCUGGUGCCACAGCUGCAAAUCCUCAGCCAGCGUGUCCAAGAUAUCCAUGCCGUACGCCUGCAAACUCCUCUUCCAGGAGCUCACGAGCAUGAAUGUCGUGCCUCGCCUCCAAUUGACCAACUACUAA